CUCUCGCUGCCGCUAAUCUCGCUGUCGCUGCUCUCUCUGCCGCUGCUCUGGCUGUCGCACAGGGCGGGCGCGGAGUCCCCCAGCCCCGCCGCCAUGGAGAAGCAGCCCGGCGGCGAGGACGAGUGCGUGGACUCGGGAGCGGAGACGGGCGGGUCUGAAUACAGCCGUAUGUCCUCUACCAGCAGUGAACUUUCUGUGGAAGGCAUACAAGACCCAUUCCUUGUUAGUGUACAUAUCAUCACAGACCCAGGUGAAUCCAAGACUCUUCAGCAGGCCAUUGAUAAGCUUCUAGCCUGGAUCCAUCCAGACCUCCAGCUGUUUCGAGUCUCAGAAAGACGGGUGCCCAGGAAGCGCAGGAAGCUGCUCAAGGCUGGUGUUUCUCAGCCAGCCCUCGCUGUCAUUCUGUUCUUGCAGGAGGAGUAUGGAGAAGAACCCAUCUUGCAGCUCCACGAAGCUUUUCAGCGGCCACCUUGGCAUUACCACCACACAGAGCUAAUGCAUGGGAAAUUCCUCCCUUACAUGCCAUGCAGCCAAGACUUUUACACUUUGGCUCCAGAGACUCCGCUGUGGGCCAUUCGCCCAGUGCACUAUGGGAAAGAAAUGAUCCGCUUCACCAUAUACUGCAGGAGUGAAAAUUUUGUGGACAUUCUGAAAUUGUAUGAGUUAAUACUGAAAAGACCAGUGUGUCAGAAGAAAGCGGACUUUUGUGUUUUCCCUGUCUAUUCUAACAUGGAAAUAGACAUUCAGUUUUCUUUAAAAAAACUCCCAAAGGGACACGUUCCAGUGAGGACAGAGUCAGCCGUGCUGGAGUUCAGAGUAAAAGACGUGGGGCAGCUUGUGCCUCUUUUGCCCAACCCUUGCAGCCCCAUCAGUGAAGGCAGGUGGCAGACAGAAGACCACGAUGGAAAUAGGAUCCUUUUGCAGCAAGCACACAGUUGGUGUAGGAAGUCUGCAAAGCAGAACAAGCAGCCAUAUCCAUCUGUGUCAACAGAUUCCCACUUCACCACUCUGCCAGCCUUUCUUCCUCAGAGCCACCAAUCUGUCUCUGAACAGCCACAGGAAAUGGGUCAAAAAAAGAUACAUCACAUGAAUGGCCUUGGUCAUUAUCUUGGUUUCUCCCAGCAGGACUUGAGACAAGGUGAUCAAGGAGACUUCACGCACAGAUCCAGGCGUGCCUCCAGCAUUUCUUGGUCAUUUCAACGAAGCAAGUCUCUGUUCUGCUUGCCCACAGUGAACUCCUCUUCAGCAUCAGAGACAUUUCAUUUCAGUGAACCAUUUCAGUGUUUAAGCACUGGUUCACCCGCAACCAGGUUAAAAACAUGGAAAUGCAGCCACAAGCUUAACAUUGAUGACUUGGAGGGUGCCCAAGAGACUGAUGUGGACACAGGGAUGAAGUUGUCCUUCUCAGACUUGUCUGUGGUUUCUGCAUACUCUGCCCUUAAUGGAUUUUGCAGUGAGUUGGAAGACUCUCUUCCAUCACAGAAACAAGCUGCCAAUAGGGCUAAACAGGCAGUCACCACUGGAAGGCCUGUAUCAGCCAUGUGCAAUACUUUUGAGUCAGUUGAUGGUUCACUGCCUUCUCUUUCAGAAUGGUCUUCCAGCUCUUUCGUGUCACCUUCUCUCUCUGAGCAACACAAACAGCCCUUGAGAGCAGCUCCCUGUUCUCUGGAUGAUCAUGUUUGCCCAACUUCACCAGUUAAUGAAGAAGAAUUUUACAUCUGAGGUUUCUCAACCCUACACCUUCCAGAGGAAACAUGUUCUACUUGUGAAUGACAGCCAUGUGUCCACCCUGCGCUUACAGAAGGUUCCUUGCUGAGGAGAAGGUGAUGAAGAAGUGUGUAAAAUAUUUGAAGGAAAUACUUAGAACCCUCUGAGAUUGGCAUUCCCAGACUGGGUACAGUAAAGAGUCUGAGUAAGAAGUCUGAGAUUGCACCCUGUAUCUUUGUACUGGAGGAUACGAUCAGCAGAGGUUUUGCACAGGAGCUCAAGGUGAAUGUUUUCUGCCCAGCCUCUGGACUGGUGGUGAAGGAAAUGCCAGAAGAGGCAUACAGUGUUCCAUUUUAAUUUGGCAAAAAAUGAAGACUAAUUUGUGAAACCAAACUGCUUUAACUUUUCUGUGAAAUUCCCUUAACUCAAGAAAGAUGGGUGAAGAAAGGGGUUUUAUUUCCCUUUAGCAGGUCCCAAAAGCAUCUCUAAGCACAGCAGGUCCCAGCAGCAUAGCCCCAGUAGGGGCAGGCAAGAAGUUUCUUGUGAAGAAACACUUUCUUUCCAAUCUUUGAGAGCUGGCACUGGUGAGAGGGGCAGAAUCACACAAACAUCAAGGUUGGAAGAGGUCUUCAAUAUCAUCUAAGUCCAAGUGACAGCCUAGCACUACUAUAAUCACCCCUAAACCAUAUCCCCAAGUGCCACAUCCUGACACCUCUUGAACACUUCCAGAGACUGACCCCACCAACUCCCUGGACAAUUUGUUCUAAGGUCUGACCACCCUUUCAGUGAAUAGUAUUUUUCUGCUAUCUAAUCUGACCUCCCCUGGUGCAAGUUAAGGCUGUUUCCUCUCCUCCUUUCGCUCAAGAUAUGGCAGAAAAGACCACUUCAGUGCAGGCUCUUUUCUGGUGUUGUGGAGAUCAGUGAGGUAACCCCUGAGCCUCCUUUCCUCCAAACUAAACAACCCCACUUCUCUCAGCUCUUUCUUAUCAGACUUUUGCUCCAAACCCUUCACCAACUCCGUUGCCCUUCUCUGGACUUGCUCCAGCCCCUCAUGUCCUUCCUGACUUG